AUGGCUCGUGACAAUAGAUAUGGGCAGCCGAACAGGACCAGAGGGCCAGUCAGAGCAUCUGCAUCGAGCUCGAUGGGUACGGAAUAUGACCCGUUACUAGAACGCCCUCCUUCAUACACAAGUGUCUGGACCCCUCCUUCUUCAAAUUCAUCCCUUCCCUCUCAAGCUAGUCUCGAGGCUAGAUCGGAAGCAAGGCCCGGCGAAUGUUGUAGAUGCGCGCGCUACUCUUUCCUCGGAACAGCAUGCUGGGCUGUGACUAUAAUGAUUUUUUCGACUCUGUUUUUUCUACCUGGUAUAAUCUCAGCUGUGAAAAACACGCCCGCCGUUCCACCACUUCCUGUUCCCACUAUCACUCUUACGUCCACUCUUACGUUCACUAAACCGCCGCCCGUGGUACCGACCGUGGCACCUCCUCCAGAGCCACCCUAUCGGAGAGCCGGUCUAAGUGGCGAUGGUGUUCCGCUAGCUGGGUCAACAUACAUCAUUUCAGAAGCAAAUUCCUCCAAGGCACUUACCCACAAUGGCGAUGAAGGAGUCAUGAUGUCCGACUACCAGAAAGGUCUCAUGACUCAGCGAUGGGGUUGCCAUGAAGCAGAUGGGUGGCUCGGGUUCACGGUUGAGACAGGCCAAACGACUCUCUUCCUUGGGUAUAGUCCUUGGCCCUCCCCGGCCACUUUACGCUGCUCGGCCCGGACUCUACAAUAUAGCGAGAUGUUUAUGGUGACAAAGCUAGAGGAGCAUGGAUUCCGGUUGAAAAUGAAGGAUGGAAACGCAUUAAAGCCAGUAGGGAGGGAUAGUUCUGGCGCGCUAGCUAUGGUCGGGACGUCGGAUGUUUGGUGGCGGUUUACCAAAGUUUGA